AUGCACUGGUACGAACUAAUUUUGCUACGUGUUAUCUUUUGCUGUACCUUUUCAGCGAAGGCAAAGAAAUCUGAUUCACUCGGGGAUUUAACCUUGAAACCGACAGAGACACAAGCUGAAGUCGAAAAUACGCUUGACAAAAAGAAAGUUGCUGCCGAACCGGAAGAGAAGCUUGAUGAUCUAACUUCAGCGCCAUGUGAUGACGACACACUCAUGUAUCGUCUUUCAAAUCCAGUUUGCAUGAAUCUGGGCUGGACUGUGAAAUUGGAAGAAACCUCGGCUCUCCUGCUUGAUGGGAACCAGCGCGGACUGGAGGACAGCUGCAAAGUGAUCGACACAACCGCCCAGAGAAACGCAUUGAACAUCGAAGAUACCACAUCAUCACAGCGGCUUACGAAUGGCAUGAUUGGCCAUGCAGAAUUGGGGAACAUCGAGCAGCGCUACUCUGAUGGAUCAUUAUUCAUCACAAGUUUCACGGAUAAGAGUGGAACUGUUUUCUAUCCCAACGGAGCACCUGCCAUGGUACUAUUACCGGCGGGAGAAGGUGAUGCGCGGACGAGUGGACUGUUGUGUCUAGUGCACGAAGUGGUGCACAGAACCGGCAAAAAAUCAGACAAACGAAAGGAUGCAGACCGUGAAAAUGUGAAGAACGCGGAGAAGAUAAACAAAAUGACAGCUGGCCGAAUGCUAGCUGUAUUGAGCACCCUGGGAUAUGGAACGAUAUACGAUUCGGAUGGUCGGAUAAGGUUUCAAUACAACUCGACUGGUGGUAUGCAAUUCGCGGAAAAAGCAGUUGGCCAGGCAUGCAAUGUGACUAAGAGGCGAUGGAACUGGUCUGGUGAUCCUCACAUGCACGCUCCUCCGUUUCAAUCAGUGACUAUAAGAAUAAACCGAAACAUCCAUUUCGUAGCAACAAGAAAGGAAAGAAUCUAUCUGCACUUUCAGCAUGGUGAUCGAAGGUGCCGCAUAGACGUUUCGAUGAGUCAAUAAGGUAAGUGUGAAAAAUUCAAAAACUAACGUGAAGCCCAGACUAUUUCCCUUACGAUUGACCUUCAGAAUCACAAAAAGCAAAGCUGUGCAGCAAAAAGAACAGGAAUACGCGUGUGGAUGAAGUUCAGUGGGCAGAAAGUGCAUUAAUACGUUUGUAGCUAUUUCAAGAACAGCUUGCACUAUGAGACGGAGAGCACAAAUACCAAGACGAAGUGCCGAUGUACUUGGUGAUAAAACAUAAAUAUUCG